AUGUGCCGCGCCACGCCGCCAGCCGCCCGCGCCGCCAGCGCCCUCCGCCUGCUCACGCUGCUGCUGUGCGCUGCGCCCUGCCUCGUUGCCCCAGGUAUGAACUUCCGUGGAGAAAGUCAACUAUUUACUAUUUACCUUUUUUUAGUGGCCGUGGCCGGCAACAGCUCGCAGAAAAUCCUUAUUUUUUCCAACAUUUCCGUCGACUUGAGCGGUAACUACACGUGUCGCUCGAAAAACGCAGAAUAUUCUCCAAGUUAUUUCACACUCACAGUAAGGCAAACGGCGCUGAAGAGCAGCGUAGAGCGGCGCCGCGGGAGGACGGCUGGCGAGUGCGUGCGUGUGCGCGUGUGUGUUGCAGAGCCGCUGAGCUUCGCGGGCGCGCGCGAGCAGACGGCGCAACAGAGCGGCGACGCCACGCUGCAGUGCGCGCCCCGGGGCAACCCGGCGCCCGAGGUGUCGUGGCUGCGCAACGGCGCCUUCGUCGUCAACGCCACGGCCAAGCUGGAGGUGCGCAAGGAGGGCCUGCUGGUACGCAACGUGACGCGCGUGGACGCCGGGCCGUACGUGUGCCGCGCGGUGCAGUACCUGGCGGACGACUCCGUCAUCAAGGAGCACGUCAUCAACCUCACCGUGCAGCACGAGCCCGAGUGGCACGCGGACUACGCUAAGACCGGCGACCUGGUGUACGGCUACCUGGGAGGGUUGGCCAACCUGACGUGCGUGGCGGAGGCGCAGCCGGCUGGCAACAUCACGUGGCUGCGCGGGAAGAGCGUGGUGGAGCUGGGCGACAACGCCGCCAUCUUCGGCGACGGACGCAACAGCACUCUGCAGCUGAACCUGACGGCGGCGUCCGCCUUCGGCGACUACACGUGCCGCGCCAACAACGCGCUGGGCGCGCGUGCGCGCGUGCUGACGCUCAAGUGGGGCUUGCGCGCGCCGCGGCCGUCGGCGCCGCAGCCGCAGAAGGCGGCGGACGCGCGGCACGCGCUGCUGCGCGUUGACCGCCCUCCUACGGCGCCGCCGCCCACGCCCGCCGCGCCCGCCGACGCCGCCACGCCCGCCGCCGCCCCCGCCGCCGGCCCCACUUCGCUCGACCUGACCGGCCUGCGCCUGUUGGUGCGGCCCUCCGGCGCGCCCCACGCCCCGCCCCGCGUCGUCGACCUGCCCUUCAACGAAGACUACGAGUACACGCUGCCGGACCUGCAGCCGGGCUCGUGGUACGAGGUGCGCGCGCAGUGGCGCAACGCGGCCGGCCUCUCCGAGGAGUCGCCCCCGGGCGAGAUCCACACGUCGGACCUGGCGCGCGCGCGCGCGCGCCCCCGCCCCCCGCGGCCGCGCCGCGCUGCUGCUGCUCGCCGCCGCCACCGCCGCCUUCUCGUCAUGACUGGCGCGCGCCACGGCCGCUUAGAUCGCUCGCACGCGCGCGCGGGCGCCCGCCCGCCGCCUUCGCCUCCUCGGCCGCUAACCAGCACGCGCCGCCGCCGCCGCCGCGCCGCCGCCACUGUUGCAGCAGCAGUGGAGACGAGACGAGGCGAGGCGAGACGGGGUCCGCGCAAGGGUUUUGUCCUCUUUUUUUUGUCAGUUCGGCGAAUUUCGUCCACGUGCGCAGCGGUGCCUCCUGCCGGUCGGUCGGGCCGUGGCGUACUCCCUUCUUUUUUUUAA